CAAGUGGUCUGGACACAGCUGGUGGAACUACUGAACCCUGUGCUUCUGCGGCCACUGGGAAUCACUGUCUUUGCAGCAUACCUGUGUUGGUGAGGAGGAAGAAAGCUGAGUGCAGUAGCUUGUAUGCCUGGGAAAGCUACAAGGAGUCUCUGCUUUAUGAGUAGAAAAUGAAUCUUGCAACAUGCUUAUUACUAUUUGCAGAUUGUUUGCAUCCCAUAAUGAACUUAUCCUCACAGCAUCUGCAGAAACUUGGUAUCUGAAUUCUCUAAUGAGAAGUGUCCUCCCAGCCUCUCAUGCACACCCUAACCUGUCCAUGGGUUGUGCCAGCUUAACGGAUGUCCUGAAGAGCAUUCCUCACCAUGGAUAGUCCACCAAAGCUGACCGGCGAGACACUGAUUGUCCAUCACAUUCCCCUGGUGCAUUGCCAGGUCCCUGACAGACAGUGCUGCUCUGUGAACAAAAGGACCAACCCCUUCUGCCAGCCAGAGCUAGGCAUUACACGGACCUCUGUCCUUCCAGACAGAGACCUUUCACAGACUGACUCCUUGGUAUACAGCAGCUUUCUCCAAACCUCAGAAACCUCAUCAGAGGCCUCAAACAACAAAGAAGGCAAAGCAAGGGACUUGAUUGUCCCUAGUGUCAGUAAGCGGCACAACCCUUUCCUGUUGAAUGAGGGUGAAGACCUCAGUAUCUUUGGGGAUGACUUAGGUCAAAAAUCUUUCCACCUUCACAACUCCCUUGUGUCUGGAAAACCUCCCUUUCACCUGCACGACCUGUCCUUGCCCCCUUUCCACCUCCAUGACUCCAACCACAUUGUGAAGUCCUGGAACAUGGCCAGUCGGUCUGGUGUAGUGGAUGGGCAAGAGGACAAAAUCAGCAGUGAUGAUGUCCAGAAGAGGAACAAUGUCAACCGGUGCCGCCAGGCCUCAGAACGCAUGGAGCUGGAUGAAUGCAGCUGCCAUCGUGGGAGCUCUUCUAGCUUUUUGUUUGAUGGUGGCGACCAGGAAUGGAACCAGAACACAGGUGAAGCACUGAGGAAUCAGGAUGCUCUGCACAGCCGGACAUGCAGCUGUUCAAGCUCAGAGCUCCAGCACUGUCGGUGCUACAGUUCAUCAAGUCAUUCAGAAGUGAUUGACCAGCAGAUGGGCUACAUCAGUGACUCUUCCUGCAACAGCUCUGAUGGAGUGUUGGUAAACUUCAGUGCUCUCUAUAACAAAAUGAAUGGCCAUUCUCGGUCUAACUUGAAUUCAGCCAAUCUGUCCUGUGACUCUUCCUUCUGCAGCCACUCAGACACAGGGGCUUUUUAUCUGGAUUUGCAUUCAUCACCUACAGAAUCCAAGAUGUCUUGUGAGUCGCAUCAUCCAGAGAGUUCAGGGAAGGUGUGUGGAUGUCGCCACUCCUCCUCACCUGUCCUUGAUGCUAACUGCAACUCCUACCACCUCCACUGUGAGCCUUGCACUUCAGAGAGCUCAGAUCUCACUGCCUGCUUCCAGAGCCAAGCACGACUCGUUGUGGCCACUCAGAAUUAUUAUAAGUUAGUCACGUGUGACUUGUCUUCCCAGUCAUCCCCUAGUCCAGCAGGGUCUUCCAUAACUAGCUGCUCAGAAGACCACACCAAAGGUAGCCCAGCCCAGCCCAGUGAAUACUACCUGUUUAGAAGGCCUGACUUGAGACAAGAAGAAAGCAAUGCGGAAUGCAGUGAGGUGGAGACAAAGGGAGAAACCACACAGAAUAUGAUUGAGGGUCAGGUCUAUGUAAAUGUGUCGCCACCUAACCUGAACACAGGCCGGCAGCGUUCCAGGAGCUACGAUCAGAACCUGGACAGGAGUCCUAGCAGCCGACUGGGCUCUCUGGAGCGCAUGGUGAGCUGUCCCGUUAAGUUGAGUGAAAGUCCAGCAAUACCUAUCCAGAGUUCUCCCCCAAAACGAGUGACGUCUUUUGCUGAGCUGGCUAAAGGCAGGAAGAAGAAUGGCUCUUCUCCGCCUCUCCGAUCCAGUGGUGAUUCCUCCUUGGAGUUCUCUCCUAUUCCUGAGACACAGCGGGAUUGCCCAACCUUUCUUGAAGAAAGAGCUCGCCGCAGCCAGAGUCUUCCGCCCAUGCCCUUUGUCCAUGGCCUGAACCGGAGCUGCGAGGGCUUCUGCUUGGAUCACACCUUUAGAGAUGGCCAGGCUUUGUGUUCCACCAAAGACUUAGGCUCCAGUGAGACCGUCCCUGGUGGGCAUGGGGCAGGUGAGCAAGUCUCUCUCUCCUUGCUCACAGAGGCCGAUGCCAGCUGCUCAGGUAGCUCUGCCAGUGGCCGUGGACAAAGAAAUGUUAGAGUCCGAGCAGACGGUGGUGGCACAGACAGCAAACCUGUGGUACGCUACAGCAAGGACCAACGUCCCACAACUCUGCCCAUCCAGCCCUUUGUUUUCCAACACCAUUUCAGCAAGCCACCCAAGGCACGUGCCCUGCACAGCCAUUUUGCUUCUAGCCUUUCUCAGCUCUACAGUUUGGCCAGCAACCGGUCUGCCAGCCAGCAGACCUCCUCCAAUUCCCAGUCCUCAGCCUCAGCCACUUCAGCAGAGCAGUCAGUGGUGGCAGGGAGCCAAGCUCACAGCACACUCCUGACCCAGCGCUCAGCGGAUGGAGCUGCCUCUCUCAAUGAUGGCUGCAUUAAGAAGCCUGCCCCUGAGACAACUCGGCCAUCCCCCUUGGGGAGUUACUCUCCUGUGCGAUGCAACGUGCCUUUCUUCCAGAAUGCGGACUCCUCCUCUUCCUCGCCCACUGCAGAGAGAGCUGGAGAGAGCCAGCCUCCCAGGAGCAGGUCCUGUCCCAUCUCUGCCAGCCUCCUUCCCACAAGGUCUUCCUCAGCUGUCAGUGCCAGGCAGUCUGCCCAAGCCACCAAAGCUGAUGCCAUAAGGCAAAAGGAGAACCCCAAGCCAGUUCCGAAGAAGGAGUCACCGCUGGAGCCAAGCCCACCGCUCUCUGAGUACCGACUCCACAGUGGGUCCCUCCUGCCCCUCUCAGUGGGUGGUAUGCCCAUGAGCAGAGUGGGAGGCCCUGCAGAGCCCCAAUGGAGGAGUGGCAGUGAGACCAGCAGCUCUAGUUCCCUGAGCAACAUGGGCGUACGGCCCUUGAACGCGAACCACCUAUCCCCUCAAGCACUGAAGUGGCGGGAGUACAGACGGAGGAAUCCCCUGGGCCUGGACCGUGUUUCAGGGCUGCCUGGCUUAGCAGGAAGCCUAGACAAGAGGCAGCAGGAGCCUCGGCUGAACCGGGGAAACCCCAUCUUUGAGUUCCCUGGUACUCUCAACACCAGCCAGUUCCACAGCAGGCUGAACGGACAGUCUAUGAGGCAGCUCCAGCUUACCUACACUGAUUUCUUCCCUGACUACUUCUCACUAGCAGAGAAACCCCCUGCUGAGUUCUGCCUCUCCCCAGAUGGCAACACAGAGUCUAUCUCCAUUGACUUGCUACAGAAGAAAGGUCUGGUGAAGGCAAUCAACACUGCCGUUGACCUGAUCGUGGCUCACUUUGGAACCAGCAGGGAUCCAGGGGUGAAGGCCAAGCUUGGGAACAGCUCCGUGAGCCCCAAUGUGGGGCAUCUCAUCUUGAAAUAUCUGUGCCCUGCUGUCCGGGACAUCCUGAGUGAUGGGCUCAAGGCUUAUGUCCUGGAUAUGAUCAUUGGCCAGAGGAGGAACAUCCCCUGGAGUGUGGUGGAGGCAUCCACCCAACUGGGUCCCUCCACCAAGUUGCUGCACAGCCUCUACAGCAAGAUCAGCCAGUACACGGAGUUGACCAACCACACCAUGAGGUUCAAUGCAUUCAUCUUCGGCCUUCUCAAUAUCCGGUCCUUGGAGUUCUGGUUCAACCAUCUCUACAACCAUGAAGAUAUCAUCCUGGCACACUACCAGCCAGCAGGCUUCUUGUGCCUGUCUCACAGUGUAUGCCAGCCUCUUUUUGAGGAGCUUCUGCUACUGCUCCAGCCUCUCUCUCUGCUGCCCUUCAACCUAGACCUCCUUUUUGAGCACCACCUGAUGCAGAUGGGCAAAGAGCAACAACAACAAAAGGAGCUGCUGCGUGUGAAACAAGACCUACUGCUUUCUGCACACUCCACCCUGCAGCUGAUGCAGACACGAGGCAGCAGUGAGGAUCCUGAUGGUUGCAGCACUGCCCCUGAGGCGUGUAGAGCAAGUGCCAGAGAUGGUGACAUGUCACCAGGCCACAGCCCCGACCAAGUUGCAAGCGAGAGAGUCAAGGGAGUGGGGGCCUCCUGCAGAGAUAGUGACAAGGAAGAAGAGAGAAGGAGGGUGCGAGACAGCACUUGGGAGGGGAAGAAAGAUAAGCAGGCAGGCUGGUGGUAUCAGCUUAUGCAGAGCUCCCAGAUUUACAUUGAGGGGUCAGCUGAAGGUUCAAAGUUUAUUCGCUAUGAAAAGAAGAAGAAGGCUUUGAGUGCUGUGCCCAGAUCAGCUGAGGCUCUCAAGGCACCGCCCCCUCGUGAAGGGGUGGUGGAGGGUGCAGAGGCCUGCCCAAUUACUGAAGACAUCUUGGAGGAGAGGGCCAAGGCUGCCAGCAGGCCAAACCCUGAGGCUGUGGCAGAGCCCCCAGAAAAACCCCAGCAAGUACCAGCCAGUGAAGAGGCCAAGGAACGAAGCUGGCCCUUCUGGAUGGGCAGCCCCCCAGAUUCAGUGCUUACAGAGCUGAAGCGCAGCAAGGAGAAGGAGACUGGGACUCAGCAAAGGCUGGGGGCAGCAGCAGCCCCCCAAGAGGAGAACAGCACUAGUGCAUCGGAGGGCAGCCAGCCCAUCAAGUGGGGACACUUGUUCGGGUCCAGGAAGGUGCAAAAGGAGCCCAGACAGCCCAACAGGUUGCCCUCUGGCUGGCUGAGUUUGGACAAGUCUGUGUUCCAGCUGGUGGCACAGACAGUUGGGGCAAGCAUGCGGCGAGAAGCAGCCCCUGAGACGGAGCCCCAGCGGACAGAACCACCUGAAGUGUCACCUGAGCAGCGGCCGGCUCGGGGGCUGUCUCCCAACCCUCCCUGUGAAGUGAAAGCUCUUUGCCAUCACAUUGCCACUGAGGCAGGACAGCUGAGCUUCAACAAAGGGGACAUCCUGCAGGUCAUUUCCAAGGUGGACGGUGACUGGCUGCAGUGCAGCCUCGGCUCCGAGAGGGGACUGGUGCCCAUCAUGUAUGUCACCCACCCAGAGGAUGAGGACUAUUGACGUGGCUGGGAGGCUGAGCACAGUACCGUGAGCUGCUGAGGGUCCUCUGAGGGAAGCCCACCCUACCAGAGGAACAGACACAGCUUCUUGCUAGUUUCUUACCCUUCUUGCCAUUACAGAAUACAGUAACUAUAGGUGGUUCCUUCCUGCUCCUCCUCGUGCAGCUGCCAAAGGCCAACUCAGCCCGUGGGGCCUCCUGCCAGCUACACGUCGUGUUGCCAGGCAUCACCGUGCAUGCAGCCACACCAGGAACUGUUUGAGCCCCCUACACCUCACUCCAUCUCCAGCACCCGCAAGCCGUGAGCUUGUACAUAGCCGGAAUUCAAGCAGUCCCUGUCAUAGCAGGUGCUGCCCCUCUGCCCAGCUCCAUGCCACGCUGAAGGGUACAGGAUGUUGGCUGCCCCCUUCCCAGGAAUAGCAGUGCAGCCUGCAGCCUUCAGUAUACCUGGUGUCAUCAGCUACAGAAGUGGGAGCGCUGUGUGUUGGCAAGAUCUCUGCAAGGCUCUCCCAUGUUGACAGGUUGUGUUGUGGCUUGAGGGGGACCAUAAGGUAGGCUCCUCCAUUCUAGAGCAGCCCUAUCCUAACCUAUGAUAAUGGUGCACCAUGUAUUGUACCACACUAAGAGCUCGUAUCACAUGGGCCAGACAUGGUCAGAUGUCUCCCUGGGAGGGCAGGCCAGUCUGUGGCCUGGCAGUGCCACGAUGCAGGGCCUUGUGCUGUGCCUGGCCAUGGCCAGGUGAGGCAGGAAAUGGUAUGUGUGUGUGCAGGGCAAGGGGUUGUGUGGUGUUGUGAGGAAGGCGUGUGAAUGUUCAGUGUUACGUAGGUCCAGAAUGGGAAGUGGCACCCUGGGCAGAGAUCCCCCAUGCCCUCCACACUGAUCAGGGAACCAGUGCCUAGGAUGUCCUGAGAUGCUCAGUGGAGAAAGGGGGACUAGGAGGGGAGGGGGUGAAGACAGGUCUCUGGAUGCCCUUUGGAGAAGGGGGCAGUGCUCCCGAUAGGUAGAACAGGGCGGUGUUCCCAGAGGG